CCGGAAACGGAAACAGCUCCGGUCUCAUUCGUUGCCACAGCAGCUCGAGAAAUAUCGAAGCAAGGUGGCAGAAAAAGAAAACUCAACUCUGUUCGUAUAUCGGUGAUUUUAAAAAAUGGCCCUCGAGUCGCGGAUUACACAGGAAGAAAUCAAGAAGGAGCCAGAGAAGCCCAUCGACCGAGAGAAGACCUGCCCCCUUCUGCUGCGAGUGUUCACCACCAACAGCGGCAGACACCACCGACCAGAUGAGUUUGCCCGUGGCAACGUUCCCUCCAGCGAGCUGCAGAUAUACACAUGGAUGGAUGCUACUCUGAAGGAGCUGACGAGCCUGGUGAAGGAAGUUUAUCCAGAAGCCCGGAAAAAGGGGACCCAUUUCAGUUUUAACAUCGUCUACCCUGAUCCCAGAGGGAAAGUGUAUAGGUUGAAGGAUAUUGGCAGCACAGUGUCCGGCAGGAAGGGCACGGAUGACUCCAUGACGUUGCAGUCUCAACGCUUCCAGAUUGGAGAUUACCUGGAUAUAGCUAUCACGCCACCCAACAGAGCCCCACCCCUUGCCCGCAUGAGGCCCUUCUGAACUUGCACACAUACCGACAUGCAUACUUAAACCGACACGCAUCAGCCUGAAGGGGUUUUUUUUGUUGUUUUUUUU